AUGGGACUUAACUUCAGUGGUACAAUUGAUCGGGCUCGAAAUCCUGAACGAUAUCCCGAUAAAUCAAAAGGUCCAACAUUUGAUUCGAUGUAUGGUUUUCCAGACGGUCGAAAACCCAAAAUUGCACCAUAUACUGAAGAAGAAAUGCAAACAUUAAAUAUUCCUCUUGAUAAACGUGACUAUUGUGCACACUAUUUUCGUGCUAUGAUGCUGUGUACACAACAAUAUUGGCCAUCACAAUAUGCCUAUUGUGAACCUGAACGUCAUGCAUGGGAUCAAUGUGAAAUAAAAAAUAAAAUUGAUGAUGCUAAAGAAUAUGAACGAGAAUUACGUUUACGCCGACGACGAUUGCGUAAAGAAGAAGUAGCUGCUAAACUUAAUUCAACUGAAAAAGAAAUUUCUAAAAAUGAAGAAUAA